AAAGAGAGAGAGAGAGAGAGAGUGUGAGUGCACAUUUGGGUGAGAGCAGCGCAUUGUGAAUCAGAUCACAGCAGCGUCCGUCCACACGCAGCUCUGACAGUGAAACCAGGAACUAGCGGCGGGCUGACGUCCGUGUGUGUGUGUGUGUGUGUCGGAGCCUCUUGUGUUUCGGGAGCCGGGGCGAUGCCGCUGCUGCCGCCGCUUGGCUGAAACCCGAGGGAGGACGAGCAGAGGGAGAGGGAGAGGGUGAGAGCAGAGCGCCCACCGCCAGCUCUUGUGAAAUUGUGCGAUGGCAGCGAGUGCAUUACCAAGUGACAAUCUCCCCACGUACAAACUUGUGGUGGUCGGGGACGGUGGUGUUGGGAAAAGCGCGCUCACCAUCCAGUUCUUCCAGAAGAUUUUUGUGCCGGAUUAUGACCCAACAAUUGAAGACUCUUACUUGAAACAUACAGAAAUCGACGGCCAAUGGGCAAUUCUAGAUGUGCUGGACACCGCUGGUCAAGAGGAAUUCAGUGCGAUGAGAGAGCAAUACAUGAGGACAGGAGAUGGGUUUCUCAUAGUCUAUUCAGUCACGGACAAGGCCAGCUUUGAACAUGUGGACAGGUUUCACCAGCUCAUCCUUCGAGUCAAAGACAGGGAGUCUUUCCCCAUGAUCCUGGUGGCCAACAAGGUUGACUUAAUGCACUUGCAGAAGGUCACAAGCGACCAAGGAAGAGAGAUGGCAGCCAAAUACAAUAUACCUUACAUCGAGACUAGUGCUAAGGAUCCACCUCUGAAUGUCGACAAAGCUUUUCAUGAUCUUGUCAGAGUCAUAAGGCAACAAAUACCGGAGAAGAGCCAGAAAAAGAAAAAGAAAACAAAAUGGCGUGGGGACAGAACAGCUGGUUCAAACAAACUGCAGUGCUCAGUCAUGUGAGCAGCCUCUCGCCUACUUGAAAGCUGCUAUUGUUCGACCUGAAAGCACAUCGCAACCAGUGCUAAGUUAUGUACCGCCUGUCUGUGUCACAAGGACAUUUGAGCCUGUGCACAGUCGCCAGUGUUAUUUAUAGUAUGAGAGAGCAUUCUUCCCUCCGGAGCAGAUUUGCACACUUGAUUACAGCGACCAAUCUUGUGAAAUGCAAAGUCCCUGUUCAGCACCUCACCGGACUCCAGUGGAACUGAACUUGGAAGCAAAGCCACUUUGAAGAAAAGACUUGUUUUGUUUUUGUGUUGUUUUGUUUCCUUUCACUUUCGAGCCAUGUAUCGGACUAAGUAGCUCCACCAGGCUGAGUUACUGUGCAUCUAUGCUCGUGAGCAGUGUGCGGCACCUUGACUUCUUUAACUGAGACACGGGGCAGUGUCGUGGAAACGAGGAGUAAGGGGAGACUGGGAUGUGAAUGAGAGAAUUAAAUCCAUUGUUAGCUGCCUCCUGGAGAUUGCAUCCAAAUCGACGUGAAACAACUUUGUUGGCCACAAAAUGAACGACUGUAGUUCCUUUUAUAUAUACACACACAUACAUGCACACUUGAAUGUAUAAAGACGGCAUUGUAAAGAGUUUGGCCACACAAGGGUCCACUGUCUUCAACCAGCUACACCUGGGGGAGACCCUCAAAGAGGUGGAAUAAAAGUGGCUUUUCCUUUUAGCAAUGGUUACAUUAUCUGCACUUUUGUUAGGGUUUCAUACCUAUUUUAUAUGUGCGUUCUCUGUUAAACCUGUACUGCAACUGUGUUUUUUUUUUAAGUCAGUGUUUGGGUAAAUGGCACCUUCUUUUUCUUGUACCAUGCAUGCAAAAAGAGACGUUUCUAACUGAUCAGAAAAGGAAAUUCUCUCCCCCUUCCCAGUGCAGGAAAUAAAAAUCGUCGUUGUCAUGUCAGGCUCAGCAAGCCAUUGCCCUGUCCAUGAUGAACAAAGUCAAACUAAGUUUGAGAAUAGGCAAGGUGGAUGUGGCUCUACUCAUUAGAGCACAGCAUGACUGGAGUACACUUCCAAUUGUUUGAGUUCAACUUUCAGUUCUGCCUUUUCUUUGCAUUGCAAAUAUUGGGAACUUGAUCGUUCUUAACGUCAGCAGGGGAUGUCCUGUUGGAUUGAUGGCAGGAAAUGCGCAUUGAACCAGCUACCCAGCUAACUCUCUCUUUAUAUGACGUUUGUAAUCGCUGAUUAAACCUUUGGCUGUUUUCCUUCCGGAGUUCACAUUCCAAUCAGAUCCUUUUGGAUUGAUCAUUUUAUGCAGUGAAUGUUUGCUGAUCUUUUUUCUAUUACCAUUGGAAGUGACUCCAGGGUCUUGUCCGGGUUAGUAACAACAUGCGAUGUCUUGUGAGAAGAGCUGUAUCAGUUUUUUCCCUGGGGCUGGAAACAUUCCAGAGAUGCCCAACCUUUUUACCCUUGAAGCCAUUGAUUGUGAAGCCAUGUAAUUGCGAUUGAACUGCUACAGGCAGGAAUAGAAUCACAAGCAAAGUGUGUAGGAGGGAACUGCAGGUGCUGGUUUACACCAAAGAUGGACAAAUGUUGGAGUAACUCAGGCAUCUCUGGAGAGAAGGAAUGGGUGACGUUUCAGAUGGAGACCCUUCAUGUUCCGUCACUGGGGCCCAGUUACAAAACAGCCUUGAAGCCAAGGGUUCUACCGCUCGAAUGCUGGGAGCAUUAACAUUGCUGUUGACUAACUCUGGGUGAAUUGAUUUCAGCUGAGGAAUGUUUUCUGUGUCUUGCACGGUAGCUGUUAGAUGAUUGACUGUCAUUGCGUGCCCAUUAAGGAACAAACACUAGUGAGUGAUAAAGACAUUGCAGGAGUGUUUCUGCCAGUGAAGCACUUUAAGUGUAGUUAUUGUGGUGAUGUAGAUUAAGCCAGAGGUCAGUUUAUGCAUGGUGACUUCCUUAAACUGAAAUAAAGAUCUCAUCAAUCCAUUGGUUGGUAAUGAUGAAGGAAAAUGACAUUUAUUUGAACAGUGUAAGGUAUCAUUUAUUUUUCACUAAAAAGGGCUAUCUUUGUUUACUAUCAAAAUGGUGGCAACUCUGGCCUUCACUAUACAGGGUUGUUACCUUAGAUGAUGUGCUCAGGCCAGUGGAGCAGUGUUCUAAGCAGUGACCAUUUGACUGAGGUGGGAGUGAAGUCUAACCAAGGUAGGUACCUCGAUGAAACUUCAAUGACUGGAGACACAACUCAAAUCCGGCCUAGAUUGAUGAGGUAACUUUCAUCUGCCCAUUGACGGGAGUGGGAGGUUCUGACUGAAGUGAAGAUAAACUGCCUCAAACCCUCUCCAUAAGUGUCAGCAUAAAAUGGUCCCUAACUAAGCAGCUUUGCUCUGCACGAUGAUGUGAUUUGGGGCGAGCAUAGCUGUAAACUUUUUUUUUUCUGACAUCAAAGUUGGAGCAGUUUGACUUGGUCCCAGUAACAAAGGUUGGGAACCAAUCACUCAGUCGGUAAGAACCUGUACAGUUGCCACAUAUUCUGUGGCCAAACUGGUUCAAGGCUUGUGACAUUGACACCUGUGUGGGUCAACGUUUUGCCUGCAUCAGAAAAAAUUGUCUACAGAUGUUAUGUAUACAACCAAGCAUUCUUUGCAUUUUCAAAAGCCCACAUGGUUAAUCAGCUGACUUGAACUAAUGGCACCACCCAGUCAUUUGCUGCAGUAUUUUAAUGUAAGUCAGUAUGUGAUGCAAAACAUCUUCAGAAUGCCAACACAGCGCAAUUUGGCAAAUGCGUUUAUGCAUUGGUUGCAAAAUAGUUCAAAGGGAAUUCAUGGGCAAAUUCACAAAAAUAAAUAUUUCUGGUUGAAAUUCAGGACGUAGAGUUUAGCCACUUCAAUAUGUGGUACCAGAGAAGUUAAGGACUUGUCAUUUUGGAAUAUAUUUUAAUUAUACGAUUACCAUCUUGAUGGUAGAGUCUGCAGAAGAUCAGAAUUUUCUUCCUUUGCCCCCCACUACCACGUUCGUUUCUCACAGCAGACUGGUUUGGUGAAAAUUGGUGACAUUUCUGAGUUUACCACAGAACCACGUGAAGGGCAAUGUACAGUGAAUUCAAAUGAUUUCCAGGUUAACUGCUGUACUUAAUAUUAAACUGAACCUUGGAUUUCUUGUGUGUUAAUUUGUAUAAUGUGACCUUGAUUGCAGCAAAAAAAAAAAGUUUUAAACAAGUUUUAAUAAAAUUCUAAGUGGAAAA